CCCCCACAUCCCCUUCUCUCAUUCCAUCACCCCCCCCCCCCCCCUCUAAAGACUAUGCCUCUCUCUAGAAAGACUAUACCUCUCCAGAGAAUUCGACUGAGUGAAGCUCUAAAGAAGUUGCAGCUGAAAGCACCAUCAAUCAUCGUAUGCGAGAGACGCAAUGUAGAGUCCCCACCAUCACCAACAAGCACUCUCGCUUUCAUAGAUGACUCUGGUUCUGACUCCGACAACGACACCUUAAUCGGCUCUUCCUCACAGUGUUCAAAUGUCCCAGCUGAUGUACAAAAAGGGUGCUUUGCUGUCUACGUUGGGGAGGAAUCAAAGAGAUAUGUAAUCCCAGUGAAAUAUCUAAAGACACACGUUUUCGAGACACUCCUGAGCCGAGCCGAAGAGGAGUUUGGAUUCAGCAACAUGGGUGCGAUACGUUUUCCAUGUGAGACCGUGCUAUUUGAACACCUCCUUUGGCUGCUCAACAGAGAAGACCCAUCAGUUGACAACUUGGAGAUGGAGGAGCUCCUCAAAUUCUACCAAUGACUGAAUUUUCCUUUUAUUUCUUUUCUUUUCUUUCUUUCUUUCUUUCUUUUUUUUUCCCCCCUAAAAGAAUAUAACUGACCCUCUACAGUAAUAACAAGCAGUUGGAUCACCUUGAGAUUGUAGCACACAUGUCUGGAUAUGUCUUAUUUUUCACAUGUUUUGGUGGUUGGAAAGAAGAAAUGAUGGCAGCCUGUUUUGCAAUGGAAAGCGCAAUCCAAUGUUGAUAAUGGCAGCUUUUU